GCUUAAAACAUCACCGGACCAUGGUCUUUCCUCUACUUCCCAACUGAGAAACUGUGAUUUCUUUCCGUUCACCAUUCCCUGCGGCGGCCAUAUUGUUGGAUGCGUUGCUGCAAGUUAAACAAAUUCAGAGCGGAGGGAGGAGGAACAUCUGCGGGAGUCCAUCCACUAUUCCCAGAGCUGUUUUUGUCAUGUAGCAUAGCCACACAAUCUCUACCGGUUCCGGUUUAAAGGUUUUUGUUUGCUAGGAUUGGUCACUGUUACUCUUUUCGUUUUACUGCAACACAAGAACAAAACCAAGUAACGUGACUGGAUUAAUAAUAUAUAUGACGGAUUUCCCCUCUGUCGGGCACAGCAUUUAUUUAUCACGUCUCGUGAGGUGUUACAUGGCAAAGGAAUGGGACAGAUUGUGAUUUUCAAGUUGGACACAACAAUAGCACUUUGAGUGCAACACUGAAACAUCUAAGGUUACUGUCGAAGAAGCGGUCGGAAGGCGUAUGUAACCUCAAGAAAAAAGAACCGAUUCGGCAAAGGCUUGACUAUGGGCUGUGUCAAGAGUAAAGAGGACAAGGGUCCGACGCAAAAGUACCGCCCAGAUCCCACCAGUCCCACCCCUGGGUCACACAUGGGGCUCUACGGACCAGACCCCACUCAGAUGGGUCAGUCACCUGCCCUGAAAGGCCCCACCAACAACUACAACAGCCGCACACCUGGACUCACCCCGUUUGGUGGCUCCUCCUCUGUCAUCACACCCUUCGGUGGAGCCGCCUCCUCUUCCUUCUCCACUGUUGCUGUUAGCAACCCCUUCCCCGGUGCCGUCACAGGCGGUGUAACUUUCUUUGUGGCCUUAUAUGAUUAUGAAGCCAGGACAUCAGAUGACCUCUCCUUCAAGAAAGGCGAUAGAUUUCAGAUCAUCAACAACACAGAGGGAGACUGGUGGGAGGCUCGUUCCAUCAACACGGGGCAGAAGGGCUACAUUCCCAGCAAUUAUGUGGCCCCUGCAGACUCCAUCCAAGCGGAAGAAUGGUACUUUGGGAAAAUGGGUCGUAAAGAUGCUGAGCGACUGCUUCUGGUUCCCGGAAACCAGCGGGGCACUUUUUUGGUCCGAGAAAGUGAGACCACUAAAGGGGCUUACUCUCUCUCAAUACGGGACUGGGAUGAGAUGAAGGGAGACAACGUGAAACACUACAAAAUCCGAAAGCUUGACAACGGAGGCUAUUACAUCACCACAAGAGCUCAGUUUGACACUCUACAGAAACUGGUGAAGCAUUACACAGAGCAUGCAGAUGGGCUGUGCUACAGACUGACCACAGUGUGUCCGACGGUGAAGCCCCAGACUCAGGGUCUGGCUAAAGACGCAUGGGAAAUCCCACGAGAGUCACUGCGUCUAGAGCUCAAGUUGGGUCAGGGCUGCUUCGGAGAGGUCUGGAUGGGUACAUGGAAUGGCACGACCAAAGUAGCUAUAAAGACACUGAAGCCGGGCACCAUGUCUCCCGAAGCCUUCCUGCAGGAGGCCCAGAUCAUGAAGAAACUUCGGCAUGACAAGCUGGUGCCCCUGUAUGCUGUUGUGUCCGAGGAGCCAAUUUACAUUGUCACUGAGUACAUGGGCAAAGGGAGUUUGCUGGAUUUCUUGAAGGAGGGUGAAGGCAAGUACCUCAAGCUGCCCCAGCUGGUAGACAUGGCUGCCCAGAUUGCAGAUGGCAUGGCCUUCAUCGAGAGGAUGAACUACAUCCACAGAGACCUGAGGGCUGCUAACAUCCUGGUGGGAGACAAUCUGGUCUGCAAGAUCGCCGACUUUGGCCUGGCUAGACUGAUUGAAGACAACGAAUACACUGCUAGACAAGGAGCCAAGUUUCCCAUUAAGUGGACUGCACCAGAAGCAGCGCUGUAUGGCCGAUUCACCAUCAAAUCUGACGUCUGGUCCUUCGGUAUCCUGCUGACGGAGCUUGUGACCAAGGGUAGAGUGCCAUAUCCAGGCAUGGUGAACCGAGAGGUGUUGGAGCAGGUGGAGCGGGGCUACAGGAUGCCGUGUCCUCAAGGCUGCCCGGAGUCGCUGCACGAAAUGAUGCAGCUCUGCUGGAAGAAGGAGCCAGACGAGCGGCCCACUUUUGAAUACCUCCAGUCCUUCCUGGAGGACUACUUCACCGCCACUGAGCCACAGUACCAGCCCGGAGACAACCUGUAGAGACCUUCUACGGGGCCCAGAGACUCACCACCACGUGCUAAUAAGCCACCGGGACGGUUCCCAAACCCAUUGUGGCACCUCCUCCCUACAGCUCCCCUGCAAACUUGUCCUUACAGAGAUGUUUUUGUUUCUACCUUCUCCCCAGAGAGUCAAACUUAAAAAUUCAAUUAGUGCAUCUAAAACAUAUACUUCACUGCAGAUCCAGGCUGUUCUCUGCCUGAGGAUGUGUGUGUGGCGGAGUUGACGAGGGUGUGUGCUUGAGCGGAUUUGGAGCGGGACCACGUCACACUCCCAGAGCUCUGCUGGGGUGAUUCCCUGCAUUGCAGACAGAGGGAGCUGUGAAACAAGCGAUGAGUUUAGUGCUGAAGGCUGCUUAACAGUUGCACAAAAUCAGCUUUUUCUUUAUCUUUGUUUGUCCCUCCCUUUUUUUUUUUCCACCUGAACGCUAAAUCUUAUUGUAAAAUCAGUUUUUAUUAUUUUAAAGCCAAUCCCCCCCCCCCUUUUUUUUUUUUAAGUAGUUGUGAGUAGUUUAUUAAAAGUGACCAAUAACUGUGGUUGAAUCGGUUGGCGCUACCAGUGACAGUGCCAUUGCUGGGACAGGGAAGUGAAAGUCAAAGAAGGACAGAGAAUGAGACGCAUGAGGGCAUUAGCCGUUCUGAAUGUAUGGGAGAUGGGGUUUAAGACAUCAGCUACAGGGGCAGAAUUAGUUUUUCUCUAAACGCUUUUAUAGCAAAUCAUGAUUUUUUUCUUCUUCUAAUAAGUACCUUAAUUUCAGUUUCAAUCAAUCUCAGUCCCUAUGAGAGCUUGAAAUCAUAUCCUGAGAGAUUAUUCAUAUUGGAAAGCCUUCACAAAACAUUUCUGAUGACUGAUCACCAUUUCAGCCAGCUGCUAAUUUUCAAGCAAAAAGUAAUUAUUAUAAAUCAUAUUUUUGUCUCAAGGGUAAUUAAGCAGAGACCUUUGAUUAACAAAACACUAGACCUGACCAGUCCAAACGUUAUUCCUCAUGCUGCUGUUGAGACCCGACAGGUCGCAAUAUCACAACAGCAAUGCCCGGGUUGCUUUUUUUUUACGCACAUCAGCACCCACACUGCCAGGUUUGUGUUUUUUGUGCCAACACAUUUGUAGUGUUGCCAACCUCUUGGUACAAAUUCAUUGUUUUCUCAUGUACACUCCAAUAAAUGAACCACAGAGAUUUAUUGAUCUUUCACAGAGGAUUGCAUACAAUAAUAUUUCAGUAUAUUUCAAGAGAGCUAUGGUUUCUUCAUCUUGACAUAUGAAUGUGAACUUGCUCAAAUUAUUUCUUUGUUUUUGACCAGGAAUAAGAAUUACAAAGCCUUUUUAACUCCAUGAUGUACCACAAUUGCUGCUGGUGGAGUUGCUAUAUUUCCUGUUAAGGCGUCACUGUGAAAUAUUCAGGUACUAAAGAUCGAGAACAUUUACCAACCAAAGUUUGAUGGAGUCAGUAAAAUUUGCCUCUCUAUCCUGAGCGCAUUGAAAAAAAAAAAAAAAAGAUGUGAUUGUUUCCCUUGAUCUGUUAAAAUGGUACAAGUCUAAUGUAGAGGGCAAAUUAGACCUCAUCAUAAAAGCGUUACAAUUUUUGCACCACUAUUAAAGAUUUAGUCUUAAGGUUUGGUCAUGUACUGUCUGUAAUGGUUUCAUUUUAUCCAUGACAAGAAAUUGAAUGCACUUGGGAUGAAUCAGACCGAUAUCGUUUGGAGGGCUAAUUUGUUGGUUUCUUCUCCCUUUUUGUCGUGUAGCUUUUCAUGAAUAGCGAGAGGCCUUCUUUUUGUCCUUCCUGCAUGCGAGCCCUUUGUCCUAGGGACUUUGUUGUCUCCUCCUGUAUCCAGGACAUCCAUCUCUCCCAUCACCACCUCCUGUUUUAAAAGGGCUACAGGCUAGUUUGUGCAAAACUCUGUUAUUGAUUUUUGUUCAUGUCAAAAAAAAAGAAAGAAAGGAAAUACUCUAAUGUAAGGUGAGGGUCUCCGCUUCAGAGUUUGAUGAGGAUGUUUGUUGUGAAAAAA